AUGGAUUAAUAAUCAAAUUAAAAUUCCAACCUAAAAAUUUUCACACUUAAGAUUUAAUAAACCCCUUUACAGGAUAAAGACUUACGAUCAAAAAUUAUAAAAGAAUAUGUUACUUCAACUACAGCCUCAACUUAUUUUACUUAAAACAAUUUAAUGAAAUAGAAUAGUAAAUUGUUUUAAAUAUCUAAAAACAGCUUUUUUGAUGCUUUUUAUGCUGCCUACCUCUUGCAUGGAGAUGUAAUGAUUUCAGCUAAUGAUAUAUGGCUUACUAUCUGCCAUAAAUUCGCAAAAGAAGUCAAUUCAAAUCCUGAAAAAUAUAGAGAUCUUUUUGUAUUUCAUGAAGGAAAGAAAGUGUUAACUAUUGAAGUUAAUGGGUUAUCCUAAGAUUGGUAAAACUUUCCUUGCUAAAAUAAUAGAUGGGACACAGCGAUGGAGUUAUUUAACACUGAAAUAUCCAAAAACACUAAAGGAGAUAUAGCUUAAUUAAUUAAAAAUGAUUUCUCUUCUACUAAUUGGAUAGAAAAAGCUUCUUCUAAUAUAUGUUUAAUGUCUUCAAUGCAAAAUUAUUUUGAAUACACAAUAUUAAGAGGUGGAUGCGGCAUAUAAAAUGUUCAUUUUGUUGGCGGUAUUAAGGAUUUUGAGCAUUUAGCAGGAAAGAUUUCUACUUUGAAAGAAAAUUAUUACUUAAAUAUAUACUUUACAAAUUACUUAUCUAAUGUAUUAAUAAUUGUUAAUACCUUCAUUAGCUAAAUGAAAAAUCCUAAUUAGCCAGAUAUUGUUUAGUUCUGGAAUACUAUCUUUGAAGAAACAAGUGUGCCAAGGUUUGUAGGUUCUGGGAUAUCUGGUGAAUAGACAUCUUUUAAAGGAUGGUUCAGACACUUCUUUAAUUCUGAUUAAAUUUUAUUAGAGAAAGUGCCAUAAUUUGCUUCUAAAACCCCUGUGAAAGCAGUUGAUUUACUUGAAAAAAAGAAUUAUAACCUAACAUUUAUCACUAAUAUGGAAGGUAUAGAAGAAAUAGAACCUAAUAUUUUCCGUCCAAACAUAAAUAUUAAUGUCUUAGAUGAUUUAGAUGCUGAUUAAACUAAAACAAAAAUUAAAAAAUAUUGA